UGUGCACCGUAAAUUCUAAAAUUCGCAGUGGUAUGAGGUUUCUUCUGCGUCACUCUCCUUUGAAAUCUCUUUCAGCUGUACACAAAUCCGAUCAUUUUCUUCUAAAUUAUCAUUCCAAAUCCAAUGAGACCCUAAGAUGUUUUCUUAGAUCCAACAAACCCAUCAAAGCUCUCUUACAUUUCCGACAUCGAUUCAGACAGAAUCCUAGUUUCGUUGACAGCUUCUCCGUGUUGUUUGCCAUCAAAGCUUCCACCCAGAAGCCAUCUCCUUUUUCCGGCAAGCAGGUCCACACCCUCGUCAUAAAACUAGGGUUCGAAUCCGUAAUUCAGAUUCUGACAUCUCUUCUGCAGUGUUACUCUGUGGCGGGAAAUAUCGCCGAUGCUCGCCAAGUGUUCGACGAAACGCAUGACAAGAAGAAUGCCGUGAUGUGGACGGCGAUUAUUGCAGCUUAUGUUGAGAACGGGAAGCCCGGAGAAGCGAUUGAGCUGUUUCGGCGGAUGGAAGCGGAAAAGAUCGAACUUGACGUGGUGAUCGUGACGGUGGCUUUGUCGGCUUGUGCUGAUCUCGGCGCAUUGGAGAUGGGAAAACGGAUUCAUUCGUACGUUCAGGGCAAAUCCGGGUUUGCUAUGGACUUGAGUUUGAGAAACGCUCUUAUCGACAUGUAUGUGAAAUGUGGGGAUAUCGAAAAAGCGAGGAAGUUCUUCAAUGGAACCAAGAGAAAAGAUGUGACUACCUGGACGUCUAUGAUCAUUGGGCAUGCUUUGAACGGGCAAGCGGAAGAAGCCCUCGAACUUUUCAGCAAAAUGAAGGCCGCAGAUCAAAGAAUGCCGAAAAUUUGCAAGAAUUCGACGAUUCUUCCUAACGAUGUCACUUUCAUCGGUGUAUUGAUGGCUUGUAGCCAUGCCGGUCUUGUGGAAGAAGGAAAACAGCAUUUCAGAAGCAUGGUUGAGGAGUAUAAUCUGAAACCUAGAGAUGCCCAUUUCGGAUGCAUGGUCGAUACGUUCUGUCGCGCAGGUCUCUUGAAGGAUGCUUAUGAAUUCAUCAUGAACAUACCCACGAAGCCAAACGCGGUGAUCUGGAGGACAUUGCUCGGUGCUUGCAGUGUUUACGGGAACAUUGAGCUCGGAGAAGAAGUUCAAAGAAAACUGGUAGAAUUAGAUCAUGAUCACGUGGGGGAUUGCAUUGCGUUGUCGAAUAUCUAUGCAUCUAAAGGGAUGUGGGAGAAGAAAACCGAGGCGAGAGAUCGGGUGACGAAAAGAAGAGUGCCUGGAAAAAGUUGGAUAGAGUUUGGAACAAUCAUGAAUGAGUUUGUUUCGGGAGAUGAUGAUCAUCCAAAGAUGGGUGAGAUUUGUGAGAUUUUGAAGUGUUUAGCUCUAAGUACGAAGAGUUAUGAUUGUUCUACAGGGUCAUGAUUCGAAACAGUUUCCCUUUCUGUGAGAUUUUGGAUCAGAAUUCUGUUCAUGACGAGAAUCCCGUAUUCGGAUUCUGGUGUUGGAUGGCAUUCGGAGAAGGACGAGGGAGAGUUAUUUUUCUCUAAGAGAUUUUUAAAAAUAUGAAGAAAAAAAAAAU